AUGGCGACUGUCAUUCACAACCCCCUGAAAGCGCUUGGGGACCAGUUCUACAAGGAAGCCAUCGAGCACUGCCGGAGCUAUAACUCGCGGCUCUGCGCAGAACGCAGCGUGCGCCUCCCCUUCCUGGACUCGCAGACUGGGGUGGCUCAGAACAACUGCUACAUCUGGAUGGAGAAGAGGCACCGCGGUCCAGGCCUCGCCCCGGGUCAGCUCUACACAUACCCUGCCCGCUGCUGGCGUAAGAAGAGAAGAUUGCACCCGCCUGAGGAUCCAAAGCUUCGGCUGCUGGAAAUAAAACCUGAAGUGGAGCUUCCCCUGAAGAAGGAUGGCUUUACCUCAGAAAGCACCACCCUGGAAGCCUUGCUCCGUGGUGAGGGUGUUGAGAAGAAGGUGGAUGCCAGAGAGGAGGAAAGCAUGCAGGAAAUACAGAGGGUUUUGGAAAAUGAUGAAAAUGUAGAAGAAGGAAAUGAAGAAGAAGAUUUAGAAGAGGAUAUCCCCAAGCGCAAGAAUAGGACCAGAGGACGGGCCCGUGGUUCGGCAGGUGGUAGGAGGAGGCACGACGCUGCCUCUCAGGAAGACCAUGACAAACCUUACGUCUGUGACAUCUGCGGCAAGCGCUACAAGAACCGGCCAGGACUUAGCUACCACUACGCUCACACUCACCUGGCCAGUGAGGAGGGGGAUGAGGCUCAAGACCAGGAGACCCGCUCCCCGCCUAACCACAGAAAUGAGAACCACAGACCCCAGAAAGGACCGGAUGGGACUGUCAUUCCCAACAACUACUGUGACUUCUGCCUGGGGGGCUCUAACAUGAACAAGAAGAGUGGGCGGCCUGAAGAGCUGGUGUCCUGUGCAGACUGUGGACGCUCUGGUCACCCAACCUGCCUGCAGUUCACUCUGAAUAUGACGGAGGCUGUCAAGACCUACAAGUGGCAGUGCAUAGAAUGCAAAUCCUGCAUCCUUUGUGGAACCUCAGAGAAUGACGACCAGCUACUCUUCUGUGAUGACUGUGACCGUGGCUAUCACAUGUACUGUUUAAAUCCUCCAGUGGCUGAGCCCCCAGAAGGAAGCUGGAGCUGCCACCUGUGCUGGGAACUGCUCAAAGAAAAAGCCUCAGCCUUCGGCUGCCAAGCCUAGGGCCCCGGGUCACAGACUGUGACCUGCUGCUGGAGAGGCUGAGGCAGAGCCCACUUCACACCGGAUCAAGUCCCCACACCCAUCUAUCCAGACAGACCGACUGUAAGGAACACCUGUGGUCAUGGAGGGCACGGACAUGUGGAACCGAGAGGGUGAGGUGUCUGCUUACCCCCUACAUGCAGGUUCCAGUACUUCUGUCAGCCCCUCCUUGCUUCCACCAGAAGGAUCUUUCACGUUUGAAGAACACCCCUGGCCCCGGCCCUGUGGAACCCCCUCACAUUUACCCCGGCCCUGGUUCCCAUUUUAAGGGAAGCUGUUUUGUGACCACCGAUC